AUGCAGCCAGAAUUUGGAAAGCUUGAAAGAGUUGCAAGAUUUGAUAAGAUGAUCAGCUCAAUCCCAAGGCAUUUUGCCCUAAAAUCUGUUUCCAACAACUCAUAUCUCCAAUAUGUUAACGAAGAAAAUGAAGUGCGUGGCUUUCUCCAAUACUCUGGAGAUCAAGCACUCACCCCUUACACAAAGUUCGAGAUCGAAAAAUCUAAUGUCGGGAGACGAUUUGUGCACAUAAAAUGUUGUUACAACAACAAAUAUUGGGUUCUCCACUCCCCAUCCUCCCACUACAUCGUCGCAACCGCCAAAGAACGAGACGAAGAUCGAUCAAAACCCUCUUGCACCUUAUUCAAGCUGAACCCUGACGACGACGACGACGACGACAGCAACGAGAUCAAGACAAUCCGCUUUCGACACGUCCAUCUCAAUCACAAUCUUCGCCUUAAACCCUUUGGAGAACAUCAAGGAUGCGUAUUCGUCGGAGCCGAAGAAUCCAACACUGGUUCCGACCUCUCCACUGUUGUCAAUUGGGAUACAUUGUUCAUACUCCCCAAAUACGUAGCCUUCAAGAGCAACAACAAUCACUACCUCCGACCCGUUCAUCGUCCGAAUUCCAACAUUGUUGAGGUUCAAUUCAAAGGGUCAGAGAGGGCAGAUCCAGGAGUGCGGCAUGAGGUGAUAACAACACCCGACGGUCACGUUCGCAUAAAGAAUGUCCCUUAUGGAAAGUUUCUGAUUCCUGAUACCCGCCAUAAACAUCGGAUUAUAUUGGACAAUAAGUCUUCUGAUGAACAUGUGGAUCCUAAAUCUUUAUUCUGGCCCAUCAAACUUGGUGACAAUACAGUGGCGCUCCGUAACAUGGACAACAAUUGCUUUCUCAGGAGGAUGAGUAAUGAUAUUAACCGUGUCAUAGCUGAUUUUGAUUACAUCACUGAUGAAGCGAAGAUGGAAGUCGUGGAGCUUGUGCUUUCGCGGGAGAUUUACAACGUCCAUUUCCAUCUUUCUGAUGCAAGAGUGUACAACGAGCAACCGGUUUCCAUGACGAGUGCUUUGGUCGAAAACAACAACUCCGAGGACCAAAAGUUGAGCAUGAAGCUGUCGUACGAAGACACAACAACCUCGACUUGGAGUGCCAAUGUGAACACAACGUUUGGUGUAAAAUUGACGAUUGAAACCGGUGUUCCUAAGGUUUCUGAAGGGGAGGUGGAGAUUUCAGCUGAGAUAUCGGAGGGCUACACAUGGGGCAAAACAGAGCAAUUCAAAUAUCUCGCGGAGGUUGUCCACGAUGUUGUGGUUCCUGCGUGGACUAAGGUUAAGGGCAGUAUAUUGGCGACACAAGCGAGCUGUGAUGUUCCUUUUUCUUACACUCAACGAGACAAACUCAUGAGUGGGAAGUUUGUCACUCGACGAUAUCAUGAUGGUGUGUAUAAUGUCGUGAAUUCCUAUAAUUUCCACUUUGUGACUGAAGAAGUAGAUUGA